UUGGAGGAAAAACAAAAACACUGAAUUUGGAACUUCUAAAGUUGAUCGCGAUCAAUGCCAGGCAAGGCAUGAGUGUCGUGUAUAAUAAAGGAUGGAAUCAAAGCUAAACGAACAACUGAAAAUAUUCCUCAUCGGCCGAUGGGGAAUUACGCAAAGAACCAUUUUCUCCCUGCCUUGUCCACCAUCCAAAACAGGGGAAGUCACGCAAGCAUAUAUAUAUUAACUUACCAUGCCACCGAUAGCAACUCCCUAAAAAACCCAGAAACGGACGGCGGCCGCCGCCACCUCACCGGAAGUUCAUUUCACCGCCAUCGCCGGCGAAUCCCCGUCCAAAACUCCGCCGUGGAAGCUAAUUAAAUAUACCGACAAAAGUCACUCGGCAGCAGCAGGAACUUUCGCGGAAACGAAGUCGAAACUCGAAACAACCGGCCUAUUUCCUUCUUCUCUUUUUUUUUUUCUUUCUUUCCCUAAUUAAUAAAUUCAAAAGUCAAGUCAACUGCAAAUGACUGAAAAUAAAAAUAAAGAGAAUAAUCGUGAUUAUUAUAAUAACAACGAUGAAGAUGUUACUUGCUUCAAUCGAUGCCUUCGUUUCUUUUCAUUCACAUCCUCGCGCCAAAAGCCAGACGGAGGGGGAAAGAGGAGAAAGGAGGAGGAGGAAUUGUCGACGCCGGCGGCGGGCAAAGGAGGAGGAGGAAAGAUGGGGAGCGUGAAUCUGGAGGAGAAUCUGAAGGUCAGGGAGGAGGUGGUGAAGAAAGCCUGCUCGCUGGCUAUGAAAGCCCACAAGUCGCCGGCGAAGCAGCUGUUCGUGACGGAGAAGCUCCGCUCGUCGGAAGUUAUUAUCGGCUUCCCUGGAAGUUGGAACGCCAGCGAUUGGAUCAGCAAGGCGCCGUUUGGGGAAGUCGAAGUGGAUCUGCAGCUUUUCCCUUCGAUCUUGUACAUCGGUCUCAGGGAGAUCGGCGCCGUCAACGAAGCCUUCUUGCGUAGAUUCAAAGCUCUUUUGGCCGCACCGCAGUUCGUCGCCGAGGUGGAGAAGGCCAGAAGAGAAAGCAAGCAAGUCAUAUUCACAGGUCACUCAGCAGGAGGGCCAACAGCCAUCCUGGCAACACUAUGGUUCCUGGAGAAGUACAAGAACGCAUCAUCACCGAUUCUCCCUCUCUGCAUCACAUUCGGCUCUCCCUUGGUCGGCGAUCGCUUCCUGAACCACGCCGUCCGCCGCGAAAAUUGGUCCAAGCAGUUCAUCCACUUCGUCAUGAGAUAUGACAUCGUCCCCAGAAUCUCACUCUCCCAGCUACAACCCAACCACCAGCAGCAGCAACUCCAGGAUGCCCUCAAGUUCUUCAACCCCAACACCAAGGACCAACUCCCUCCCGAAUUCGAUCCUCAAUCCUUCUUCGUCCACGUCAUGAGAGGCUCGUCCUCCGUGGCGAGCCACGCUGCCUGCAAGAUCAUGGGGAACACCAACCUGCUCCUCGAGACCGUCUCGAGCUUCGUCGAGCUCAGCCCUUAUAGGCCUUUUGGGACCUUCGUUUUCGCCGCGGGGAAUGGGAAGCUGGUCAUCGUGAGGAACCCUGAUGCGGUUCUGCAGGUGCUGUUUUACUCCUCGCAGCUGAGCUCUCCCAAUGAAGUCGGUGAAGUUGCGGCGAGGAGCCUCAAGGAUCACUUGAACUAUGUGAAUGAGCUGAAAGAAUGCCUGGACAACAUGCAGAAUGUCACUUCCCUGGAUGAUCAUCGCGAUUCCCUCGCCAGCAUUCCUCUGUCAUCUGAUUCUGCCACUGCAGAGACUGCAGCAAUCAACGCAUCACUGAACGAUCUCGGCCUGAGUGUGAGAGCUCGACUCUGCCUCCGAGCAGCGGCGGAGCUGGAGAAGCAGAAGGAUCGAAACCAGGACACGAUCAACGACAAGAUGAAGGACAUCGAGACGAAGAUACAGAAGCUGGAGAACUACAAGAACAAGUGCACGGUUCAGAAGAGGACCUACUACCGCGCAUUCAGGCUGUCAGAGGAGAAGAGCGACUUCGAAGCAAACGUGACGAGGCUCGAGCUGGCCGGGAUAUGGGACGAGAUCGUGGAGAUGCUGAAACGGUACGAGCUACCGGACUAUUUCGAGGGGAAUCGAGAGUGGAUCGAGCUUGGGACGAGGUUCAGGCUGAUCGCCGAGCCGCUCGACAUAUCGAACUACUACCGCCACGCCAAGAACGAGGACACGGGGACUUACAUGGUGCGGGGGCGGCCGAAGCGGUACAAGUGCACGCAGAGGUGGAAGGAGCAGGUGGAGGGAAAGGCGUGGAGCGACGAGCCGCCGGAAUCGUGCUUCUGGGCUGAGGUGGAGGAGCUGCUGAUUGCUCCGGCGGGGAGCCCGGCGACGGUGGAGAAGGUUAGGGGUUUGCAGAGGAAAGUGGAGGAGUAUAAGAUGGGAGCGGAGGUGUAUUUGGAGGACAGCUUGUUUGUGACUUUGUUGAAACAGAACAAUCUCCGUUGAAGUCUUGGAAGAGAUGAAGGAAGGUAGUAAUAAAGCCGGCGAAAUAAAGGGUUUGGUGUUCAAAGCUCAAUCAUCAUGUAAUGUGUAUAUAUGUAGUAUGUACCGUGUUGCUUUAGAGUAGAUUGGCAUUCUCCAAACAUAAAAAUGUUACAAGACGUUAUACGAUAAUGUAAUCGGGGUUGCAAGGGGACAUAAUCGAGAACUGAGUACCGAAUAUCCAAUGAAAUUGAUAUAAAAGAGAGAUCGAUUGAAUUGUUAAG